GUUCUGCCAGUUCAUCUGAUGCUCUCCACCCUCCUGCUACUUUAGUUCCAACACAGACAGUUGCAAAUCACAUCGCCGAGAGAGGGGACAUAGCCAAGAAGGGAUUGAGAGCAUCCACUGCCCCAGGAGGAAGCAAACGUUCCCAUUAGUCCAGGCUGAACUACGGUGAAUAUCUUGGUGGUGUUUCCUGACUUCUUUGUGGUACACGACUUACCCUUCUGCACGUGACAAUGGAACGAUCCACACAAGAGCUCUUCCUCAACUUCAUGAUCGUGUUGAUCACCGUGCUGUUGAUGUGGCUUCUGGUCAAGUCUUACCUAGAAUAAAAGGACUAUAUGAUGCUCCUCGUGAAUAUUUUCAGCCCCUUUAGUGAUGGAGAUGUCUUCUCAACACUGAAGGGGCUCAAUGAAUAAGUCUAUGGCACUUUGUACAUAACAUCUAUGCUCAUCCAUGCUUAUCUUCUGUAAUUAGCUGCAAUAAUUCAUAGGAACCAAGGAAAUGUCUUCACUUAGAACAUGUUGCUUUAUAGAAACACAAAAUAAACUACUGUCAACCUCUUAUCAUGAAUAUGUAGAAUGAUUGUUAAGAUCAGCUAUACAGUGCUGGUACCACCACUAAUAUCUACGGUACAACAUAAUGUUCUCUUCCCCAUGAGCCAAGAUGAAAAUAAAUCAACUGAUACUGGGACACAAAACGUCUUUAUCUGAAUAAAACAAAAGUUAAAACUAA